AUGACGAAACCACACCUUACCUUGCGCACUGGGAUAUAUGAUGCCAUUGCUCCGGAUAAGUUCCGUGGCCGCCUCGUAGGCAAAGUCGCUAUUGUGACGGGAUCCAGUCGUGGGAUUGGAAGAGAGGUUGCUUUGGCUUUGGCCAAGUCAGGAGCAUCGGUCGUGAUUACCGGUCGGUCCGAAGAAGAGCUUAACGCAACUGUCUCUACCAUAGCCGACGAAAUAGCAGUCUCACAUGGCAGCAACAAAGUACUUGGCGUUGCUGGUGACGUGUGCUCGAAGCACGAUACAGAUGCAUUGCUUGAAAAAACCGUGUCAGCUCUGGGGAGCAUCGAUAUUCUUGUCUGCAACGCUGGUAUCAACACUUUCAUGCCCUUCCACAUGACAGAAUCAAACGAGUGGUGGAGGCAAAUGGAAGUCAACGUCAAGGGACCUACCGAGCUUGUGCGGAAGGUUUUACCAUCGAUGAAGACACGCAAUACUGGCACAAUCAUGUUCAUGAGCAGCCGGGCGGCCGCUGCUGAUCUGCCGUGGGCUUCCGCGUAUAGUUGCGCCAAAACGGCUAUUACGCGGUUUGCGGGGGUGCUGCAGAAGGAAUUGGACAUACUGCAGGCAUUUGAUCAUGAUCGGAACGGCAUAUCAGUCUUCUCUCUGCAUCCAGGGGAGGUCAAAACUAGGCUUCAUGAGACUGCUUUCCCGGAAAAGACAAAAAGAGAGGCGCCGUAUGUGGUUGAACACAUGGACAAGAUGGCAAGGUCGCGUCCUGACUUCAUGGCUGAGACGCCGGCUUGGACUUGCGUCUAUCUUGCCACGGGCCAUGGUCAGGCGCUCGAGGGUCGCUUGGUGGAUUGCACAAGGGACAUUGAGGAAGCCAAGGCUCUUGUUUUGUCGUCGCCGCAGCCAAUGAUAACUAACGCGUGUGGAUGA